AUGGAUCAACACAACGUCUUGGCGUCGUCACAUGCUAAGAGUAUUGCUAAUGUGCGUCCUGCAGGAUCUCACACUGGAGCCCUCAUUAUCCAGAUCGAGGGUAUCAUCGAGUCCAUACUGGAUGAUGUCACUGCAGAUCGUGAGCUCACAAUUGACUUUAUCUCUAGUCCAAGGAGGUACUCCGAUUCCCUGGGCGGACCGACAAAGAGGCAGUCAAAUUUGGUGAGCGUCAUGCUGCUUCGAGUUUUAAUAAUGAUCAACCACCGGGAGGCUAACAGUUAUCUUUCACAUGCUGUAGCACGGGUGCUUUUCAUAUUGCAAUUAUGCCAUGAUGCUCUUGUGGCCGAUGAGAUACUCACAAAGAGAUACUCGCUCACACACAUUAGGCACAUAUUCUAUCAGAACCAGGCUUUGUUCGGAAAGCAGUCCUGUGUCGAUAUAUUGGUCGAGUGUCUGGCUCUUACUCUCGGAACUUGUCGGGAAGAGCUGAAUAUCGUCGCAUCUUCCAAGGGACUCUUUAGCGGGCCAAUUACCCUCCGACUUCGGGACAGUUCAUUCGUGAAUGGAUCAUGGGCCGAGAGUGGCACCGUAAUCCCCGUAUCGAUGUCCAUAAGAAGCAUCGACACUUCCCAGAUCAAGUGGGUGCUAGUUGUGGAGAAGGAUGCCAAAGGCUACCCGGAUGACUCGACCCGUUCGUUCCUGCAGCUGAUUAACGAGCACGAUGCACUUCUGCCGAUUCUGGUACUCGUGGAUUAUGACCCAGAUGGGCUCAACAUCUUUCAAUGCUACCGAUUCGGGUCGACUCGAUGGAACUCGAACGGUAACGCGGGGGUAAAUUGGCUAGGCAUCAAAACGGAGCAGACGCUUCAUCUCGGCGCUAGGCUUUCUUCUCACAGCUCUGAUCCAGCAUAUAGCAGUGCAGAGUACGAGAACGAGUGUUCUCAGGCUAUCAGCAGCAACUUACCAUACUCCAUGUCAUCCUUGGCCUGCAGAGGCCCAGUUACGCACUUGACUGAACGGGAUCGUCGGCUGGCAUAUAGCAUGUUAAAGAGGUUGUCCAUGUUUCAUGCUCAAGAUACAGAGGCAUUGGAGCUGAGACGCGAGUUGCAGAUAAUACUCUGCCUUGGUGUCAAGGCGGAAAUACAAUGGCUGGAUGAAUCUGGAAGCAUUGCAAAAUGGCUAGAGCACGAGAUAUCUGAUGCAUUGAGUCAAUGGUAG